AAAGCCCAAAUGAAACGGAAAACAAACCCUAAUACUGUGCUCAAAAUCUUCCCUCGGCCUUCGCUAACGCCUACAGCUUAUAAAUCUUGCUGAAAUAGUGGUAUUGGCUCCAAAGUUCUGUAGAUGAUGGCUGCACUUUCCUCAAGAUUCUAAAGAAGAAGCUAUGAAGCUUUUCCUUAUAUGGAGGUUGUGAGUACAAGUGCAAAAUCCAUACAUAAUUGCAAUGUUUGUAUGAGUCCUUGAUUCUGGUUUGACGCAGAUCAGAUAUAGAUUAUUGCUACCAUUAUGGACUUUCAUCUACCUUUUAAAGUUGGUCAAUCUACAGAAGCAAAAUCUUUCUUGUCGGGAUAUCGUUGUGCAUGGUUUCGGUGCAAGAUAAAGGAGAUAAAGAAGAAGGGUGGAUAUUGGCAUGCCAUGCUGGAGUAUUUUGAUUUUCCAGAUGAAAAGUUAACAUGGAUGAAACUGUCACAAAAGCAGUUACAUCGUGUUGGAAAGUCAAAGGGAACUCAAAGGCAACUGAUGUUGCGGCCUUGCUAUCCACCAAUUUGCAAUGAAAGUGAAAUAUCUAAUGUGAAUUUAGUGCCAGAAGUGAGGGUAAUUGUCCGUGGCAUAUGGCAGGUGGGAGAUUUGGUGGAUUGGUGGACUAGUGACUGUUUCUGGUCUGGAAAACUGACUGAAAUACUUGACAAUGAUAAAGCCAUGAUUGAGCUGACUCCACCUCCCAUUGGCGAAGGUGGAUCUUAUGAAGUGUGUAUCAAAGAUUUACGCCCAACUUUAGAUUGGUCUCAAGAACUUGGUUGGACUCUUCCUACUUCCCUGGAUGGUGAGAAUGGUCAUUCAUGUGCUCGGAUUAUCCAACCUGUCAGUGGAGAUCUUGGUGCCACACUUGAUGAACACACAAUGCAUGGAUCAGAAAGAGAGGUGAGAAGCACAUCAGUGUCGAAUACACCUGUGGUUUUUGAGGAUUCUGGUAACAGGGAAAGUAGUGUUUCUGUUUCUGUUUGUGAUUCUGGUAUGGAUGCUGCUACUGAAGUUGCUGGACUAGCUGCUGAAGACCUGUAUUACAUUGAGUGCCCGUUGAAUAGGCUCAGAACUAGUGGAGGGACCUUGCUAAAUUCCUCCCGGUCUGACACACUGGAAGCUGCUAUUAUGGAUUUGGAGGAAAUGAGAAACAAGGUUAGGUGGAUUAGGCGAAUUUUGGAAUCUGGAAAUCCUCUACCAAAUUCUCAGUCCUCGUGGAAGUUUGUGGAACACCGGGCAUCAUCUACUCCGAAAUGACAGUUUCUGAAAACUUUCAACUUUUUCUUAUGUAUGGCCCUUAAGAAUCACAGCCAUUGUUAUAUUUGUAAUGUCAUGACAUUGCAUUUACAACCAAUGCAAGUUUUGCUAUUUGUAAUGCCAUGACAUUGCAUUUAGAAACCAAUGAAAGUUGUGCUAUUUUGUUCAGGGCACCACUGCCAUUUUUGUGUAUCCAUCCAAGGGAAUAUUGGGAUUUUCGACAUGUACAGUAAGGCAACUAAUCACAUUGGAGGAGAUUCUAUUUGCUCACAACAGUUGGCGAGAAAACGCUACUCGAAUGCUUGCUGACAGCGAGGAUUACUGAGUCGAUACUAUGCUCGUCAGCCUUGUAUUGGUUCCAAAUUAGCCUCAUAAACCUUGAGGUAAAUUUCUUAUAUUUUUUUGUAUAUUGUAAUGACAAAUUGACACUUGAUCACAGUGAAUCUUAGAUUGUAAUUCAAGGUAGAUGAAGUGCUUUAAUGUACUCUCUGUUAGAACUU